AUGCUUUGCAGAUAUCCCCUCAUUCUUGCACUCAUUCUUUCACCACUGCCAACAGCAUCUUCAGAUAGCAGUCCCAUAUGUUUUGCUGACUAUACUGGCCUAAGAAACACGACUUUUAGUGGAACGGCGGAAGUGCUCACGGAAAGCUACUCAGAUGGUGUUAAGGUUGUUAUUAAGGUGGAACGCAUCCUCUCCGAUCCCACCCAAGCACUGAGACUUCAUGCAAAUCGAAUCGAAGGGUACCUCCCAAGUCCCCUUUGUGUCUCCGCCGUUCUCAUCGGCAAACAACAGAUGUGGGCAGGAAGUCAGAUAUUGGAUGGAAUUGCACCAAAAUUCAUUGUUCAAAUCGUCCGACACUCCGAGGCGGAUCCAUGCUUACAGAAGCAGUGCCAUCCUGGCGCCAUAUGCGAGACGUGGAAUGAUAUUGCCUCAUCAAUGGUCGCUGUGUGUGUCUGCCUUUCGCUUCGGGAUUUGGAGACAGCUGGUAAAUGUCAAUUGACAACAGGCGAGGUUUGUGCCUCGGAUGGCAACAUCUAUCCAAACACUUGUUCCAUGCUUCGUGCCUCUUGUCUACAACAAACUGAACUCAGCAUUAUUUCGUGGACUGCAGUCAAUCAGAAGGACUGUCAACAACAAGCU